AUGGUUUAUGACUACCGGCCAGGGAGCGAGAAGGGAUGCAAACCUGGGUGCCAGCCCGUGCCCGCAGCCUGCCAUGGCCCCUUGAAAGUCACGGCAGAGCUCGGCGGCUCACUGGCAGCACCCCUGGGUGGCCUGCGAGAUGAUGGGGCCCCCGAGCUUGCUGAGCCCCUGGCACCAGGGAAGAGCAAGAACAAGAAGAGGAGGAACCGGACGACCUUCAGCACGUUCCAGCUGGAGGAGCUGGAAAAGGUCUUCCAGAAGACACAUUACCCAGACGUUUAUGCACGGGAGCAGCUGGCCCUUCGGACAGACCUGACCGAAGCCAGGGUGCAGGUCUGGUUCCAGAACCGACGGGCCAAGUGGCGGAAACGGGAGCGCUACGGCAAAAUCCAGCAGGGGAGAAGUCCCCGCAAGCACCCGUGCCGCCUUCCCAGCUCAAUUCCCGUGCUGCCGACCCGUGCCACGGCUGCAGGGUGA